AUGCAUGAGAUAAUCACCUUACAGCUAGGUCAACGGAGCAACUACAUUGCAACCCAUUUCUGGAACGUGCAGGAGUCAUAUUUCACCUAUGGAGAAAAUGAAGAGCCAUUAGUAGACCAUGAUGUACAUUUUCGCCCUGGACUGGGAGCAGAUGGGACAGAAACUUUUACGCCACGAACAAUAAUAUAUGACCUAAAGGGGGGGUUCGGAACUCUUCGUAAAUACAACGCGUUAUAUGAAGCGGAGGAUCCGUCUGGUCAUCCUGAAGGGCAAUGGCAAGGUAACGAGGUAGUGCAGAAACAACCUCCGAUCCCAUUAAACGAAUACCAGAAAAGCUUGGAAGCCGGACUUCCGACGCCAUCAUUGACCUCUUCGUCCGUGCGAUAUUGGUCUGACUUUAAUAGAGUUUAUUACCACCCUCGCUCUAUAGUCCAACUCAAUGAAUAUGAGCUCAACUCAUCGUUGAUGCCAUUUGAAGACUGGACUGUUGGAGAAGACCUGUUCCGGGAUAUAGAUAAGGAGCACGACCUGCUGGAUCGUGAUAUUCGUCCAUUUGCAGAAGAAUGUGACCACCUUCGCGCUUUUCAACAUUUCACGGGGUCUGAUGACGCUUGGGGAGGGUUUGGAUCUAGAUAUGUCGACGCCCUAAGAGAUGAGUACGGCAAGACCGGGAUCUGGGUGUGGGGAGUAGAAGAUGGCACAAGGUUGCCAAGGCAUAAAAAGAUGUCAAAAAUGAUCAACACCUCUAGGACAAUUAACUCCAUUGCCCCCUUGGCAACGUUAUACUGCCCCAUUGUCGACGUUCCCCAACAUCUGCCCAAAUACCUCAAUAUCGACCUACAGUCUGAUUGGUAUAAAUCUGCCCUCGUUGUCUCGGCCAUUGAAACCGCGACUCUUCCUUCUCGGCUUCGAACUCAUCGAGAUUUCGAGACGUCGUUAUUGGGACACCGCGGAGGAUCGCAGACUAUUUUCGAGUUGCAAUCGUCAAUCAUUUCUCCCGAUGUUGGUGAGAAAAGACCUCCCUGGGCGACCAAGAAAUACAUAACACAAAAGUCAGACGACGAAGCGAAGCUAGACUUUGAUAUCAACUUCACUAUCCCCCAGCCAAUGGCUGAUAAUACCGCUGUUUUCACUCAGGUUCAAGUUUUCCGAGGAGAAGAACAGCAGGCGGUUGAAAUUGAACCACCGGGCGGCGAUGAUGUUGUUCUGAAACGAAAACUCCGCCUCUAUGCGUCAAAACCUGCUGUUGAAAGGUUCUCAUCGACUCUACGAUUCCCUCUCCCUGAUAGCUAUCCCCGGAACAUGUUCGUGGGUUCCGACGAGAAAGUAGGAGUAGAUAUUACAUCUGGCUUGUCAACUACAUCAAGGAUUGCCGAUAAAUUGAAGGACUUGCAGACCAUUGCAAGUAGAGGAGUGGGAGUGGACGAACGAGAGAAUUUGACGAAUGGACUGGGAGAACUUCGGGAACUGUAUGAAAAGGACUGGAUAAGCGAGUCGGACUCAGGCGAUGAUUGA